AUGCAAACCGUUACGGUGCUGUUUGCCUGCCUGGCAUCGCUUGCCCUCGUCCGGGCAGCGCCAGGAGUGCGCGUGGUCAACGGAGAGACGGCAUCCUUGGGUCAGUUCCCGUACCAGGUUCGGUUGACCGUGAAUCUGGCCAACGGACAGCGUGCUCUGUGCGGUGGAUCGCUGCUAAGCGACGAGUGGGUCCUGACGGCGGCUCACUGUGUGCAGAAGGCGAAAUCCUUGGAUGUGCAUCUUGGAGCGGUCGAUUUCGACGACAAAACCAACGAUGGCCGGGUGGUGCUGGUGUCGGAGAACUUUUUCGCCCACGAAAAGUACAACCCGCUGUUCGUGGUGAACGACGUGGCGCUGGUGAAGCUUCCGGAGAAGGUUCAGUUUAACGAUCGCGUCAAACCUGUGGCACUUCCGAGCGGUAACAGUGACUACACGGAACGUCCCGUCGUCGUUAGCGGUUGGGGACUGAUGAAGACCGGUGGAGAGGUGGCUCAAGAGCUCCAGUACGCCACACUGAAAGUCAUCACGAACGUGGAAUGCAGCAAAACCUUCAGCCCGUUGGUGGUGCGCAAGAGUACGGUGUGUGCGCGCGGUGAUGAGAAACAAUCGCCCUGCAACGGUGAUUCUGGUGGUCCGCUUGUUCUGGCCGACGAAAAGACGCUGGUCGGUGUGGUGAGCUUUGGCCAUGCAUUGGGCUGUGAGCGAGGCUUCCCGGCGGCUUUCUCGCGUGUCACUUCCUACAGGGAUUGGGUCAAGAAGCACACGGGACUGUGAGGCGCUUUUAACCGUUUUUACGUGAAUAAAAACACGCACAACCACACGUGUCCUUAACGCAGUAACGGCCGACAA